CGCUGUAUCCUAAGCGGCGUUCAACAGCUCGCGCUGCUGAAUCACUCGGUGUUCGAUUGCUCUCUCCUGAAGCGAACAUGGCAGAUACAGAAGCGCAGUUUUCUAUCCCCGACUUCAGCACCCCUCUACAAAUGGACCCUUACCUCAAACCGUAUGAAAAGGACUUUAAAAGGAGAUAUGGUUUGUUUCAGAAGCAGUUGAUGCUCCUGGAGGAGGCUGAAGGGGGCUUUGAUCAGUUCACACGCAGCUAUAAGACCUUCGGAGCACACCGCCUGCCGGACAACACCCUCGUCUUUAAAGAGUGGGCUCCAGCUGCUGAGGCUCUGUUCCUCACUGGAGACUUCAAUGGCUGGGAUAAAUUUUCUCACCCAUAUAAAAAGCUGGAGUUUGGGAAAUGGGAGCUGCACAUACCGCCUAAGGAGGACAAGUCACCAGCUGUUGCUCACAACUCCAAGCUAAAGGUGGUGCUUCACACCAAAGAAGGUGAGCGACUGUAUCGAAUUUCACCUUGGGCAACGUAUGUUACCAGAGCUGACGCAUCAGUUGUGUAUGACUGGGUGUACUGGGAUCCUCCUCAGCCUUAUGUGCAUAAACAUCCUCGGCCAAGGAAGCCCCGCAGUUUACGGAUAUAUGAGUCACACGUUGGCAUCGCAUCCCCAGAGGGCAAAGUGGCAACUUACAGCAACUUCACACACAAUGUGCUGCCUCGAAUAAAAGACCUCGGUUAUAACUGUAUUCAGAUGAUGGCUAUCAUGGAACAUGCCUAUUAUGCUAGCUUUGGUUACCAAGUCACGAGUUUCUUCGCAGCAUCCAGCCGAUACGGCACUCCGGAUGAACUGAAGGAGCUCAUCGAUGUGGCUCACUCUAUGGGCAUCAUGGUGCUUUUAGACGUGGUGCACAGCCAUGCCUCCAAAAACACAGAGGAUGGCCUUAACCGCUUCGAUGGCUCCGAUUCUUGUUUUUUCCAUAGUGGACAACGGGGAGAUCAUCCUCUUUGGGACAGCAGACUCUUCAACUACUCCAGCUGGGAGGUGCUGCGUUUUCUCUUGUCAAACCUGCGCUGGUGGAUGGAGGAGUACCGUUUUGAUGGAUUUAGGUUCGAUGGGGUUACCUCCAUGCUCUACCACCACCAUGGUGUCAGUUCAGGAUUUUCAGGAUCAUAUUCAGAGUACUUUGGGCUCCAUGUUGAUGAGGACUCACUAGUCUACCUCAUGCUAGCCAACCAUGUUCUACACACCCUGUAUGAGGACUGCAUAACUGUAGCUGAGGAUGUGUCCGGUAUGCCCAUGCUCUGUCGACCUGUGCAGGAGGGAGGCUGUGGGUUUGACUACAGGCUGGCCAUGGCUAUUCCUGACAAGUGGAUCCAGAUCUUAAAGGAAGUCAAGGAUGAAGACUGGAACAUAGGCAACAUCGUGUACACUCUGACCAACAGGCGCUACGGGGAGAAAUGCAUCGCGUAUGCUGAGAGCCACGACCAGGCUCUGGUAGGAGACAAGACCCUGGCCUUCUGGCUGAUGGAUAAAGACAUGUACACCAACAUGAGUGUCUUAAUUCCUAUGAACCCUGUCAUUGACCGGGGCAUUCAACUGCAUAAGAUGAUCCGGCUCCUGACGCAUGGCCUGGGAGGGGAGGGCUACCUUAACUUCAUGGGUAAUGAAUUUGGACAUCCGGAGUGGCUGGAUUUCCCACGUGUGGGGAACAAUGAGAGCUACCACUACGCACGUCGCCAGUUUAACCUAUUGGACACAGAUCACCUGCGCUACCGCCAACUGUACACCUUCGACCGGGACAUGAACCGCACAGAGGACAAGUAUGGCUGGCUUGCCGCACCACCGGCAUAUGUCAGCACAACGCAUGAGAGUAACAAGGUGCUCGUGUUUGAGAGAGCCAAUGUCAUUUUCAUCUUCAACUUCCACCCCACUAACAGCUACAGCGACUACAGAGUGGCAGUGGGACCACAAGGAAAAUACAAAAUCAAGCUGGACACUGAUGAGGUUCAGUAUGGAGGCCAUGGCCGACUGGACCACAGCACAGAGUUCUUCACCGAGCCUGUUCCUUAUAAUGACCGUCCAAACUCCAUGCAGGUUUACAUUCCCUGCAGAACGGCUGUUGUUCUAGCCAACGAAGAAAUCGAUUACUGCUACUGAAACACAGUGAUUCACUGAGAGAUUGAUACUCAGCAAAAUGUGUCUCUUCACUGGUUUCCAUCUAAGAUUUGUGUGCGAUACACCAUAAGAGCCUCGCUCAGUUUUUUCACCUUUCCCACUCACACCACUUUUCCAAACAGGGCCUGGUUUGUUUUCAGCAUAACACAUCGGAAAUAAUUUGCCUUAUAACAUGUAAUUGGGGUAAAAUGGUAGAUUGUAGUGCAUCCCAUGGUUGCUGAUACACAAAUAGCAAGUUUUUCUAAAACUGUGAGUAAACACCAUCUGGACUUAGUACAUUGUAUCUGUUUGCUAUGACUAUUAAUCCCUGUCUGAAAAAAGUGUGUGUGUCUGUGUGUGUGUGCGCUCACUUCACCUGAUCGUUGUGUUCAUAGGACUACAUAAUGUAACAUUAACCCAUCAUGACCCCUGACACAAACCCGCAUAAAUGUUUAUAAAAGCGUAUUCCAGUAUCAGCUGUCAGCUUUUGAUGAGUUACCUGUUAAGCAUACAUAAAACUGAGUAUAAGAUUUUUUUUUAGUUAACUUGUUAUUACACUUUUUUUUGUUAAUAUAAGAUUAGAUUAUCACACUUUCAAGGCUGAUUUACUUUCACACAACAUGAAUCACUGCACUUCAGAUAAUGCUGCUGAUCAUCAUAAACAUGUUAACUAUUAAAGUCAUUACACUGUAACAACACUCUCACUAUAUAAGAGGUAUGUAUAUUUUUUUGGGCCUUAGAUGAGUUUUAUUUUACUGUUUAUAUGAUUUUUUACGCAUGCGCGGUACGUAAAUGGCUUAUUUAGAAUUCAUGUUCAAAUUAGAAUAUAUUUUGUUCUGACGUUACAUUAUUAUUAUUAUUAUUAUUAUUAUUAUUAUUAUUAUUAUUAUUAUUAAGUGCUAUGAAGAUGUUCUAAUGUAAACCAGCCUAGAAAAUGUCACAAGAAAAUGAUCGCAUUUGUAAUUUCAACUUGACAUCAAAGUGAGCAAAAUCAGUUAAGACAGCUGACAGAAUAAGAAUAAGCCUUCAUAACUGUUUAUAAACUGCAGUAGUCCAAGGUGUACUCCCACUUUUCACCCUGUUUUCAUGGGACCUUGACCAGGAUAAAGAAGUUACUGAAAAUGAACGAAUGAAUGAAAGGUUUAUUUCAGUUGUCAGUAUGAGCUCAUGUAGAUGUUAACCUGUGAACACGCUUAUGUUACCGCAUACUCUACAUCUUUUGUGGCGACAGUGAUAUUAUGGUCCUUAUGAAAGAAAAUUCUUCCUGAUGUUUGUCGGAACCACACAGAAAAAAAACAUGUGAAUUAAGAUAUAUUUCACGCCUGAGCUGUUUAAUAUGAGAAAAACGUACACUUUUGAGUAAUUUCCAGGGUCUGAUUUGUGAUAUUUUGUACGUUUUGAUUUUGCUGACUAAAUUCAUUUGGUGUGUCUCGCCCUGUUAUUUUUUCAACCACCUGACUAACAGAUGAUAAGAAGAUGAUCUGAUGAUUAUUUGAUCUUAGUGGCAAGAAAAUAUCUUCAGAAGCACUGAAUAUCUGAAAGCAAAAAAAACAAACAAAAUUGACCGAAUAAGUAAAAAAUAUAUAUCUAACCAUCUUUCAGUACAUUGUAGUCACUUUCUUAUAUCGUUCCUGAGGUUCUAGAGGCCAUCCUGCUCUAUAAAACACCAGCUGUAUAUUCAGUCCAUCUGUUUGUAAAGUUUGAAUGAUUGUGAAUGAAAUGACCACAGACACUGUGUUAAUGGGGUCCUGCUCUAUUUAGAGAACGUGUUGCCUAGAGAAACUCUAACACAGAUUCGAGUUCUUUUGAAUGCUUCGAAUAGGCCUAGGAUAAGGCGUAAUUUGAUAUGUAUAUAUUAAUCUGAAUGUUUGUUAAGAAACCAUUUACCCAAGUCAACUGUAAGUGAAGUGUUGGCACACAUUUUCCUUCUGUGUAUUGGUCUUGUCUGUUAAAUAAAACCUCACAGUAUUAUAUAAUGGGUAAAUGGGCAGCGCAAUGUCCCAUUAUAAUUUUCGUCUAUUAUGAACUUUCCGUUGCCUGCCUUCCCUCUUCAACAACAGUGUUUCUCAUUAAUGUCAAGUAGCUACUUGAAGAUAAUGCUGGUCUGCUUUUGAAUCCUCUAUAGAGAAAGCAGAAUGAAUCUGUGUGUAAAUACAUUAGGGGUUAUUAUCCUGAAUCUGCUCUGCUGAAUAAAUCAAGAGCUUUUUUUUUUUUUCCCCUUUGCCCUCUGUGUUUAAAGAGACACCUCUCAAUUUGUUUUGUGUUUCGAUCAAUUCACAUUGUCCCGUGAAAUUCGAAGAUGUUCAUAUUGCAGUAAUUAAAGCUGUACAGGUCUUUCUGCCCCCAAAUGUUAAUUGAGGAAUAAUGUGUAUGUUUGUCAGGGGUAUUUUUUUCUUUUUUUUUCUUUAUGCCUUUAAGUCAAAUCUGUUCUGGGACAAAAAAACAAAAAAAACAAACGUGUUGCUGUUUUCACAUUGAAAAGCUGUGUUUUUGUGAAAGAUGAAAGAAAUAAUAAAAAAGGCCUAUUGUUAUUCAUGUGA